AUGCACGCACCGUCCCCACGCGGCGCUCCCCCGGACGCGCACUCCGUCGAGCACCUUCCCCACGGCGGCCCCCUCCUCCACCGCCUCCUCCCGGCGUGCGCCACCGUCCCCUCCCUCCGCGCCCUGCACGCGCGCCUCCUCGCGCACGGCCUCCUCCGCGCCCUCCGCGCCCGCACCAAGCUGCUCAGCUGCUACGCGGCGCUGGGCGACCUCGCCUCCGCGCGCAGGGUGCUCGAUGAAACCCCCCGCCCUGACCCCUACACCUACAGGGUCGCGCUCGGGUGGCACGCCGCCGCGGGGCGGCACGCGGAGGCCGUCGCGCUCCACCGGGGCAUGCGGCGGCGGUGCCCCGAGGCGCAGGACGACGUCGUCCUGCUGUCCCUCGCGCUCAAGGCCUCCGUCAGGUCGGCCGACUUCCGCUACGGCAGGCGGCUGCAUUGCGACGCCGUCAAGGCCGGUGGCGCGGACGGGUUCGUGAUGAACUGCCUGGUCGACAUGUACGCCAAAGCCGGCGACCUGGAGAACGCACGCAAGGUGUUCGACAGGAUCCUUAGCCGUAACGUGGUGUCGUGGACGUCGAUGCUCAGCGGCUGCCUGCAGAAUGGUCUCGCCCAAGAAGGACUGGCGCUGUUCAACGAGAUGAGGGAAGAGCGUGUGCUGCCGAGCGAGUACACGAUGGCGAGCGUGCUCACGGCUUGCACCAUGCUCAGCAGUUUACACCAAGGGAGAUGGGUUCAUGGGUCAGUGAUCAAACAUGGUAUGGUCUUUAACCCUUUCGUUACUGCAGCGAUGCUGGAUAUGUAUGUCAAGUGCGGACAGCUAGAGGAUGCUCGGCGGUUGUUUGAUGAGCUCGGUUUUGUUGACCUUGUUCUCUGGACGACGAUGAUCGUGGGGUAUACGCAGAAUGGGAGUCCUCUUGAUGCAUUGCUUCUGUUUGCUGGCAAGAAAUUUGUGCGCAUUGUUCCUAAUUCGGUGACCAUAGCAACUGUUCUUUCAGCUUCCGCUCAGUUGCGCAACUUGUCUCUGGGAAGGUUGAUUCAUGGGAUGUCAGUUAAGUUAGGUGUGGUUGAGAAGGAUGUGGUGAUGAAUGCGCUGGUAGAUAUGUAUGCAAAGUGUAAAGCAGUGUCAGAGGCCAAUGGGAUAUUUGGAAGAAUUUCGAACAAGGAUGUUGUCACAUGGAAUUCAUUGAUUGCUGGCUAUGUUGAGAAUGACAUGGGCAAUGAAGCUCUAAUGCUAUUUAGUCAGAUGAGGGUGCAGGGUUCUUCUCCUGAUGCCAUCUCCGUAGUGAACGCCUUGUCAGCCUGUGUUUGUUUGGGUGAUCUACUUAUCGGUAAAUGUUUCCAUACUUUUGCUGUCAAAUACGCAUUUCUGUCCAACAUUUACGUCAACACUGCUCUGCUGAACCUGUACAACAAGUGUGCUGAUCUCCCAUCUGCUCAGAGGGUGUUCGGUGAGAUGAAUGACCGCAAUUCUGUCACUUGGGGUGCUAUGAUUGGAGGCUAUGGUAUGCAGGGCGAUUCUGCUGGCUCGAUUGACCUUUUUAAUGAAAUGCUGAAGGACAAUAUCCAACCAAAUGAAGUAGUCUUCACAAGUGUCCUUUCCACUUGCAGCCACACUGGAAUGGUUACUGUAGGAAAGAAGUGUUUCGAGAGCAUGGCAAAGUAUUUCAACAUCACUCCUUCUAUGAAGCAUUAUGCAUGUAUGGUUGAUGUGCUGGCCCGUGCCGGAAAUCUGGAGGAGGCAUUGGAGUUCAUACAGAAGAUGCCAAUGCAAGCAGACAUUAGUGUCUGGGGAGCUUUUCUCCAUGGGUGCAAGCUCCAUUCCAGGUUAGAGUUUGGAGAAGAAGCUAUCAAUAGGAUGAUGGUUCUUCAUCCUGACACGCCGGAUUUUUAUGUGCUCAUGUCCAACUUGUAUACCUCAUACGGGAGGUGGGACAAGUCAAUUGCUAUCAGGAGAUCGAUGCAGGAAAGAGGACUAGUCAAGCUACCCGGGUGCAGCUCUGUGGGACUUGAAAAUGGAUGAAUUUGAUGUCCCUAACAAAGGCCACAGAGUUGUAUUUUUUCACACCUGAUCGGUCCAUAGAGUUACUAAUUAUUCAGGAGAAUCUCUCUUUGUAUCUCCUGUGUACACUCAUAUCUUAUGGGAGCGAGAUCCAGAAUAAGGAUGGAGUAAUGUAGACUGUGGAGUGUGUUGUCUGGUACCUGAGGAUCUGGCUCCAAAUUUGGAAUGAAUACUGAAACGACGAGGAUAACUGAUAAGGUCAAAUUUUUAAAUGAAAUCUGAGAUGAUGAAUACACCUGGCUAGUGUUGGCAGAACAUUAUAAUCUCAGAUUUCAUCACAAGGUUGUUCAUUUUUGAAGCUACAUGGCGACAUGAGAUAUUCAGAUUUUUAGACCUCACCAAAAUGUACUGUUAGAACACACUGUGGAUGUUGAUAUGCUGCUGGGUGCUGGCCUGCCAUCACAAGGCUAUAACCAUAUCAACGCUGACAAAGUUCUUGAGGCUAGGCUCAUCUGAGCUCAUGAUUCAUGAAGAACCUUUGUUUGCCUCCAUCGCAUGCUAAAGUGCCUGGUUAUGUAUACUGAAUAGCAUCUGGAUCCUGAGUCCUGACUGCAAGCGGCCAAAGACUGAGGAGCUAGGUAGGAACAACGGACUAAAUUCUCAUGCAGCUCAUAAGUUAAUUAUCUUGUCUCAUAAGCUUGACAAUAGUUCCUGUUUGUCAUGAAUCUUCUUUCUUCAUCACUCUUCUUAACAGUCCUUUCUUCAUAUUACUUUCAAGACAUGGUCAUUUAAGCCUACCGCAGGAAGAACACAUGUCUCGAAAUCUGGAAUGGCACACACUGGCUGAUGAAGAUUCUGCCAUGACCAAGACGGCGUAGCUCAGCAGCAAACCUAUGAUAGCCAAUGCUGAAAUACUGCAGUUCAUUCAGCAUCUUAGGCAAAACAGCUGCCCUCGAUAACUUUUUUUUUUGAUAAAGAGCAGUGCUCUCUCCGAAGGGGAGCCUUGGCGCAGUGGUAAAGCUGCUGCCUUGUGACCAUGAGGUCAUGGGUUCAAGUCCUGGAAACAGCCUCUUACAGAAAUGUAGGGAAAGGCUGCGUACUAUGGACCCAAAGUGGUCGGACCCUUCCCUGGACCCUGCGCAAGCGGGAGCUACAUGCACCAGGUUGCCCUUUAAAGAGCAGUGCUCUCUCCAAUCCAUUAGCAAACACCACGUUGUCAUUACAGCGAGCAACACCAUCGAGAAUCUAUUGUGAAGUAAUGAUUUGUUACCAGGAAAGCAAGUACUAACAAAGCUUGUGUUCUGGCUUCUAGCAAUGUUGGUUAACACUUUUAACCAUACUUGUAGAAAAGCACAAAUUAUUCUGUAGCUCGCAUGUUAUGCCAAUUGGCAAUCUUGGCAAUCAAACAUUAUAAUUUUCGAUCCA